CGUACACUGUCAACAACACCCUUUCCAAUGGUGGAUGCGGCCCAAAUUAUUGCAUCCAAUGAUUCCAUGAUCAUUUCUGGGUCAUCCCGGCCCAUCUCCAUAUUUUUAUAUCAACCAUGAUAUAAUAUAAUUCUUCCGGUGCACACGCAAAUGGAUCACCCCCUCCCUUUAUAACUACAUAUCAUCCUACUCUUCAUCUAAUCGGUCAUCGCAUCCAUCUUUCCUCCUCUGACUCUCAAAAUCCCUUCUAUUGAUUCAAGUUGGCGCUGCGUAGUAUCACUCUUCUCUACAGCUCACGACAGCCUCGCUGAAACAAGUGAUCUCAUGAACCCUUAUCUACCAACGUUUGAUUCUUCACUCGACGCAGGCGCUGCAGGGCUAACUCCACCAUCCAACUCCGGAUCUUCUUCCCCUUCUCUACUGAACGACCAUCCCAAUCCCCAUCAAACGCAGGCGCCUGAUCGUCGUGUAACCAAUUUUAUCGCCCGGACAUCGGGAGGAUCACCGACAAUGCAUUGCCAUCGCUCUUCCCAACGAACACCAACGUCAUUCCAAUCCCGCCAGCCUCAUAUAACUGAUCGCAGUCAAUCUGCCUUUGUCCCUCGCUUUAACCCAUCGGCCACUGGGUUAAGUGCAUGCAAAAAUCUGACAAGGCCUUUGAACGUGCAGGAGAAAGAGAAUCUCUUCCAUCUAGACAAUCUCAAGUAUUUUCUGGCUACUGCGCCGUCCCGAUGGUCGUCGAACGCUUCUGGUUUAACACAAAAUGACUCGUUUCCCAUGGACUCCUCUGGCCACCCAGCCUCUUCACAUCCCUCCAUGAACCGCUUCCUUCUUCCUUCUUCGGAAUACAUCACCUGUGUCUCGUGGAAUAAUCACUACCACAUAACGGGCACAGACAUUGUCCGCGCGCUUGUUUUCCGCUUUGAAGCAUUUGGAAGACCCGUCAAAAACAUGAAAAAAUUCGAGGAAGGUAUUUUCAGCGAUCUGCGCAAUCUCAAGCCUGGUGUCGACGCUUGCUUGGAGGAACCCAAAUCACCAUUUCUGGAUCUUCUUUUCAAAUAUCAGUGCAUACGCACUCAGAAAAAGCAAAAGGUGUUCUACUGGUACUCGGUCCCUCAUGAUCGCCUUUUCCUAGAUGCCCUCGAGCGCGAUCUCAAACGCGAGAAGAUGGACUUGGAACCAACUACUAUCGUCGUCGGUGAACCUGCUCUCUCGUUUACAUACGAGCCGCAGCGCAGCCUUUAUGAACAGUUUAGCAAGAGCAUGGAGGCCGAUGGCGACGUCAUCAGCAAUUUUGACGUCACCCAAAUGAAUGGGAAAUGUGACACAAGCGGAUCAGCACCGACGGUUUCACGUGCGGGGGCGAUACACAACUCUAACUCGGGGGAGUUGCAUCUUAGUAACUGUCGCAUUGAUGGCGGAGGCCCACAUCUUCCCUCAGCACUGCAUGGUCCCAAUAUGGCGUACCUACCCCUUUCUAUUUUCGAAGGUUCUCCCACCUAUAAGCAACGUCGUAAAAAGCCAGCCAGCAGGUUGGAUGCGAUCACGCGCAGUGACUCAGAAGAGACACCCAUUCCCACAUACGAGGUUGGCGUUGGCUAUGGACCUGGUGAUUCCAGCAUGACAGCUGCCGAUAUGUUCACGUCUCAAGCGAGAGGUGAACAGGAUCCUAGCGUGAGACAAGUCAAGGCUGUGCUACAAGCCCAUGAUAGCACGAUUUGGUCCACUACACCGCAACUCGCUCCAGGGCAGACUUCUGCCACCCUUCCAAAUGGUCCAGUCUUCGGGCAACGGUCAUCAAUCAAGCAGCCUUCAUCGCAAUCUCAUCUUCACCCCUUUACGGAGGAUUCCUCAUUAUCUUCGUUCCCUUCGGAUGUUGACGGCCAUCACGCCACCAGCGGGAUGACGCUCACUUCGAAGGUGUUUGUUUGUCCCCUCUAUUCCUGUGGCCGUUUGUUUAAGCGUAUGGAGCACCUAAAGAGGCACGUGCGGACGCACACCAUGGAACGCCCAUUUGCCUGUAACUUUUGCAAGAAAGCGCAUCUUCGCAUACACACACGGACGGAAAGGGCUGACUCAGCUUCCACCGAUCUAAAUGCGUGCGAUACUGAUAUGGAAAACGAGGAAGGAGAUGAAGAUGACGUUGCCUUUGCUGCCGCUCUCUCUUUUGCAGAGGGUGGCUUACAGGACAUGGGGACGUGUGUUUUGGAACUGCAAGGCCAGGUGCAAGACGUGCAAGGCGACGAAGAGGGUUUAGUUGCGUUGUCCGGCGUCUCCUCUCUUAUGGAUACCGACGCUACCUCGGACGGUGGGCUUAGUAGCAGCUAUUUCUUGCAAAGUGGCACCGGGGACCACACCGGGUACGUUGAGCCAGCGGAGAUGACCUGGGCCAUUCGGACUUGCAACGGGGAACCGACUAUGACGUCUUUUUCGGCUCCAUCCCAUAGACAGGAUUUUACCCUGAACAAUAUGGCUCUCCAUGUAGCACCCUCAGAGGUUGGACCUCACAGACGUCACAGAAGCGCCACUCCAUCUCUCAUACGCUCGCAUUCUGUGUCCAGCCGACACUACCAUCCCUAUGCAUCAUCUUCUCAUUCGUGCCCCAGUUCAAAUCACUCCAGCCCAAGCUCUCUCUCUCGUUCUCCUGAUAAUUCUGCGGUUUCAUUAAACGCUAUGUCUCGUGAGGCCUCCAGGGCGUCACAGCCGCGUUCAUUCUCAGCGCCUUCCUUCAGUGCCAAUCAAGGCUUGGAUAGAGCGCUCGACAUCAGCGGCCUUAAUUUCGACGGUAUCUUCUCGAAUUCCAUGACGCUAUUCUCAGAACCUGGUGCAUUCGACCUUUCACAGGCAUACCCGCACCCCGCCUACGAAUCAACUUCGUUGUCAAUCUAGAUCGUUCGAGUCGGAGUACAGUACACCUCUCUUUUGUUAUCAUAAUUCUUUUCGUUCAUCUUGCUAGCUAUAAUUGUAUCGAUAAUCUAUUUAUCACUCACGACCUAGUACAUACUAUACCACCAGUGAUCGUUUUGGGGCACCGUGCAGGUCACUUUUGUGUUCUCCCCCAUUUACGACACCGAGCCUCACGUGUGCCAUUUUCUUGUAUUACAUAUCACAUAUUGUCUUGUUCACGAAUUGUUACUUCACUAUCGCUCAAGCUCGGUGACUCAUCGGUCUUGCCUGCAAGGUUGGAUAUGCAUGGAGCUGCGCGCACUAGUGCUCUUGUAUUAUGUAUCGGAAUUUCGUCAUCUAUGUCAGCGCAAUUGACAAUGC